GCCUCCAUUCCCCCAGGGGAAGCCCGGCGCGGCGGCGGCUGCUGUGGGGGUGCCGCGGCGGCAGCGCCCAGCCCCAUGUACGCCUUCUAUUCCCUGCUGGUCUACAUCUUCUACACCCUCUUCAAGAAGGAUGGCGGCCAGGGGGGGGCGGCGGCGGGGGAGGAGGGGGGCAGGCAGCCGCCGCCGCCGCCCCCCGAAGGACAGGACAGCAGCCCCCAGGCUGGCAGAGCAUCUUGUACGGAGCCACCAAAGAGGACAACGAAGACCCUGCUGUGCAAAGGCCUCUGGGAAGAGCUAACUGAACUGGACAUGUGCAGCUCAGACAGUGAGAGAGGAAGCACUGAGGAGGAGGAAGAAGAUGAAGAAGGUCCAGGCUUGGGGGACAUCCCCACCCCGCUCACCGAGUUCCGGUCCCUCAAGCAGGAGGCUGCUGCAAAGCUCCUUUUUGCGGAAAAAGAGCCCGCUGGCGGAAAGCCUCCGGAGUCCCCCCUCAUCUCUGUGAUGUCCCACCUUCUCUUCUUCCUGGAGCACUAUGCCCAGAUGCAGCAGCUACAGGAGAAGGCUGGCGAGUAUCGCUCCCGCCUGCGUAAGGAAGAGAGUCGCCGUCGCAAACAGCUGUGCGGACUGAAGAGGGCCUACCGGCAGCGGGUAAAAGACAAGCUUAGCCUCAUUGGAAGCCUGGAGGGCAUCAUCUCUGAGCAGCAAGGCCUCCUGGAGAAGAUGCAUGAAGGUGUGAAGCUGCCCUCAGCUGGCCUGCUCUACCCAGUGGCCCCCGCAGGUGUGCACCAGCUGGUGGAGUCCAUCAGCAGCCUCCAGGGGGAGAGGAGCCGGCUGGCCGAGGAGGUGACGGGCCUCAGGCAGCAGGCGGAAGUGCGGGAGAGUGAGAAGCAGCAGCUGGCCGGGAGUUUCCACCACCAGAUCCAAGGUCUGAAGCAACGGAUUCAAGAGCGCGAGGAAGAGUUGGCACGGCUCCGCAUGGGCACGGGAGUGACGGACUCGGAGAAGCGGAUCCACAACCUGACAGUGGAGAACGAGGGUUUGAAGCAGAGCCUGAAUAUCACCCAGGGGCUCUUGCAGCAGUUGGUCACAGUCUCCGCUCAGCCCCCUGCCCAGCUGGCUAAGGAGAACAAGGACCUCUGCACCCAAGUCCAGCAGCUGCAGGCCACCUUGCAGCAGAAGGUGGAGGAACUGCUGUGCCUCGAGGUGCAGAUGGACAGGCUGCAGUGGCGCAAGGAGGAGGAGGCGCACCACCUGGAAGAGCACCUGCUACAACUCUCUUCGGAGGCCCCAAAAAAGCCGCCGCCGGAAGUGCAGACAGUGGAGGUGGAGUCCCCCGGUACCCUUCGGGCCCUGGCAGAAGCUGAGGAGAGGAACCGGGCCUUGAUGGAGCAGUUCUCUGCCCAGGCUGAGCGGUGCCAGCAGCUGAUGGAACAACUGCAUGGCUCUGAGGAGGUGACAGCCAGGCUGAAGCACAAGAACUCGUGGACAUUGAAAGAAGCUGAAUGUUGGAAGAUUCAGGACAGACAAAUUGCCGCCUACGAGUCCGAGAUUGCUGGGCUGCGUCAGGAGCUGCUGUGGAAGAUCAGCCGGCUGGAGGCGCAGAAGGAAGAGGCUGUCCGAGAGGCCUCUCAGUGCUCCAAGCAACACCUCCAGCACCUGCGCAAGCAGCUGGCAGGAGUACGGCAGCGCCUGGACUCCCUCCGGCCUCUCCUCAGGGGCAUGACAUCCGACUACAGCAGCCUGCGUGGGCAGGUGGGCGGUUUUGCCGACUGUUACGAAGCAGCGCUCAAGGACGCUCGGCAGCAGAUGUGCUCGGCUGUCAGUGAGGUGUCACAUGCCAACCAGCUGCUGCAGGAGCGCUGCCAGCGGGAGGUCCAGCUGCGCAAGAAAUACCACGGCCAACUGCUGGAGCUGAAAGGAAACAUCCGGGUCCUGUGCCGCCUGAAGCCGCUGACCAAGGAUAAUGGUCAGGAGGGGGAGGUUGGCACCACUGUGGAUGCUGACCCUGCUGACGAGGGCUGCGUGACGGCUUCCUACAAAGGCAAGGAGCACACCUUCAAGCUGGACAAGGUCUUCUUGCCACAGGCCACCCAGGAGGAGGUCUUCCUGGAGAUUGAGCCGCUGGUCAUGUCCUGCCUGAAUGGCUACAACGCCUGCAUCUUUGCCUAUGGACAGACUGGCUCAGGCAAGACCUACACCAUGGAGGGCACCCGAGAUGACCCUGGGAUCAACCAGCGGGCGCUGCAAGCCCUCUGUCAGGAGAUGGAGGCCAAGGGCGUAGCCUGGGAAUACUCUGUCAGCCUCAGCAUGGUGGAGAUCUACAAUGAAGUGAUCAGGGACCUUCUUGGCAAGGACCCCCAAGAGAAAUUGGAUGUCAAGUUGAAUCCGGAUGGGAGUGGCCAACUCCAUGUCCCGGGCCUGACCAGCGUGGAGGUGCGCAGCCUGUGCGAGAUCAGAAAGAUGCUCUCACUGGGAAAGCGGAACCGUGCGACCUAUUCCACCAACAUGAACGAGCGCAGCUCCCGUUCACAUGCCCUGCUCACCAUCACCAUCACCAGCACCGACCUGGCCAGCGGCACCAAGGCCACAGGGAAGCUGAAUCUGGUGGACUUGGCUGGCUCAGAGCGGGUGUGGAAGUCUGAAGCGCAGGGGGAGCGGCUGAAGGAAGCCCAAAACAUCAACAAGUCCCUGCUGGCCUUGGGGGAAGUGAUCCAGGCGCUCCAGGCCAAGCAGGCCCAUGUCCCCUUCCGCAACUCCAAGCUCACCUACCUCUUGCAGGACUCUCUGGGCAAAGGAAGCAAGACCAUCAUGAUGGUACAGAUCUCUCCGCUGGAGAAGAAUGUGGGUGAGUCCAUCUGCUCCCUCAAGUUUGCCCAGCGCGUCUGCAGAGUGGAACUGGGCCCAGCCUCCCGCCGCAUCGAUGUGUCCACACAGCGCGAGGUUUGAGCCUCUCGAGUCCCCCUUGCUGGCCUCGUGGAAGGAGGAGGACCUGGAGCCGCGGCAAUGGAAGGGGACUCCAGUGGGGUUGGGGGUUGGGGGACUGAACAACCCCACCCCCCUUAAUGGACGAGCCCUGCCCAAAACAGGCUGGUCCUGGGAGCAGAAAAGCAUCCUCCUGUCCCCUACCUGACCACCGAUUUCCACAAAACUAUGGGCGACUGGGAUAACUGCACGCAUCCCCCCCCCCGAGGACAGCCCCUUCAUUGCCUCUGGGACACCCUUCUCCCACCUGGUGCCCCCCAGCCCACACAGUGUGCUAUGUCCAAAAACAGCUGGAGCGCACCGGGUUGGGGAAGGCUGCUUUAGGAUCCCGUCUCAGCCAGCUCUCCCACUUUGCAAUGCCAUUGUCCUUUGUGCUCUGCCCUGGUAUUUGGAGCUUGUCAUAUUUGCUGCUGUCCAGUCCCCACCAUCUCUUUGCCUCUGUCCUUGAUCGCCUCCUCUUCCCGCUCCCCAAGGUCCCUUGCAGGGUCCUUUGUAACAGCGUGGAGGGGUUGCUCUGUUGCAACUUGUAGGGGUGUCCUGGCACCUCUUCCUUUUGGACUGUGCCGACAAUCGGCUGCUGUGAAAUCAGGGAGCUGGGUGCCACAUUGUCCCGGCGAGAUGGAUCCGGCUACGAGCCGUGCUACUGACGGAGCCCUCCUCCUGACCUGGCAAGCAUGGAUCCUGAGACGCAUGUCUGAAUGCACAGGUCCAUCCAUCGCACUCUCCUGGCCACGUGGGCCUUUUCCUUUUCCUCUCCCGCCUGCUUCUUCAGACCUGACCUUUAUGAAAGACAUAUUCAGAAGAAUGUCAUAUGGAUUAGCUGCCUGCUGGACACAUUUCAGCCUCCCUUUUAAUCUUGCUUGCAGUCAGGCUGCCCCAAAGCUACGCUUCAUUGCAUGUUUUAGGUGGGGAGCAAGGAUCCCUCGAAAAAGGCUUGUUGCUGCCCAUUAACUAGUUGCUCCUUCCACACGUGAUGCUGCGCUCACGAUCAGAGUGUGUGUGUGUGUGUGGAGGCAGAGGCU